AUCCGUCCAAGCCUCUAGCACCCUCCACCUUCGAGGCCGUGCUCCUGUGGCUUGCCUCGCCCACUUAACACUUGAGAAAGGAGUCUGCAGCCAACCAGUCAUCUGAAAACAAAACAUCCUCACGUCUAUCACUUCCUCCAUGCCGAUUUAAACACUUGCAUUUGACAGCCCCAAGGUUGUCUCUUGAACUCAGCAAGCCCAGGAAAAAACACGUAAAAAUGGUGCCUCACCAAGAAGUGGUGGACACUGCCCGGGAUUACCGUUUCACUCGUCAGAUCAUAGUACACUUGUGGCCCCGCUGACGAGCCCACGUCCCAGCCAAGGGAGCCCCGCCCCCGGCCACGCCUGGCCCAUCGUGAGGCAGCCAACAGUAUAUCGACAACGCCAUAUACUCAUGCUGAACGAGUCCAUAACACCGUGGGCCAGGCCAGACCGCCGCAAAACUUCUUGGCGAGACUCACCGUUCUGCUGAACUACUACGCUACCAAGUGGCAGUCACAGGGAAGCGUGGAAGUGACGCACAUCAUCCUCUUCUUCCUACUCUUCCCCCGCCUCCUUGAGUCACGCGGCAUUAAGGCAUUAGCACCGUUAAGUUAGUGUAAAGAUGAGGUGGUGGGUGGCGGCGGUGGGCGUGGCGGCGGCCCUGCAGGUGGUGGGGGCCAGUAGAAUCCUCUUCUUGGCUCCACUCUCCUCCAGAAGUCAUAAGAACUUCUACAUGGGCAUCAUUAACGCUUUGGCUGAUAGAGGACAUCAGAUCACACUACUGACGCCAUACAAGGCUUCCAGAGUGAAGGAGAAUGUCCAGGAGGUUGUGCUUCCAAACAUGGACAUGGCUAAUGUUAUUUCAAAUUUUAAUGUAUUUACUGGAAACAAGGUGCUGAGACCUCUUCGAUUCUCAAUGGAAGCUCCUAAUCUCUGUGCUGAUGCAUUAGGCGAUCCUCAGACUCAAAACCUGCUGAAAGAAGAGUUUGAUUUGGUCAUAUUGUCAAUGUUCUUCAAUGACUGCUUCUUGUCAUUUGUCCAUCAGUUAAAGAUACCAUAUGCCCUUGCUGCUACUACUGGACUUUUUGGACCCCUUGUAGGCUUUGGAGGAAGCAUUACCUUUCCAUCCUUUGCCCAAAACCCUCUCUUCCCCUUCAAGUCCCCGUAUUCCUUCACCGAGCGCAUCACUCUCUCUCUCUCGUCUGUGCUUUUAGAUGUGGUAUUCAGCUAUGUUUCUUAUCGGAUGGAAAGCGUCUGCCACCAACGUGGGCUGUGCCCUGAAGAUAUGCCAAGUUUCUCAGUUAUUCGUCAGAACUCCAGUCUUGCACUAACAAACGCUAUAAAGACCCUGGAAGUUCCGGCUGAGCCAUCUGUGCCUACCACAAUAUACUGUGGGGGAAUCCACUGCCACCCAUCCAACCCCCUUCCCAAAGACUUGGAGGACUGGGUUGCAGGCGCUGGGGAGGAUGGCUUCAUCUUCUUCAGCCUGGGUUCUGCUGUGAUUCCGUCCCAAAUGCCAGAAGAGCACCGAAAAACUUUGUUGCAAGUGUUGGGGUCUUUGAAGCAGCGAGUGUUGUGGAAGUGGGACAAGGAGACCAUGGAUGACCUGCCACCAAACGUGCGCCUCAGCAAGUGGCUACCCCAGCAAGACAUUCUAGGUCAUCCCAAAAUGCGCCUGUUCAUCACACAUGGAGGCCUCCUGAGCACCCUGGAGUCCAUGUACCAUGGGGUUCCAGUCCUGGGCAUUCCUGUUUUUGGUGACCAGCUGACAAACAUGCUCAUGGUGGAGAAGAAUGGAUGGGGGAAAGUUCUCCACUGGGAAGACUUGACUCCUGAAACACUGAAAGCCAAGAUAUUUGAGGUCAUGAAUGAUGAGAGUUUGAGGAAGGAGGCCCAGUGGAGGUCAGUGUUGAUGAGGGACCAGCCUCAGCGGCCUGAAGACAUUGCUGUGUACUGGGUGGAGUACGUGAUGCGUCACCACGGGGCACCACACCUUGUUAGCCCUGUGCGGUCGAUGCCUUGGUAUCAACUGUACAAUGUGGAUGUCUGGGCCACCAUCAUCGUGGUGCUGCUGCUCCUCCUCUAUGUGUCCUUCAGGGUGUUCAAGGCUGUGUGUCGCUGGCUGUUUUGUGGAAAGAAGAAACAAAAACAUGACUAAAAUUUUAGCCAUGGUAAUUGUUCUUAUCCAUAUCUGUCUAUGAUUCACAUAGACAUUGGUUUAGGUGUUUCUAUAACAGGACAUUAUCAAUAAAUGAACAAAUAAGGAAACAUUACAAAAAAUAUUAGCUAUAUAUGAGAAUUUUUUUAUUACUUUCACUUUUACUUGUUUAUUGUUCCAUAGAGAAAAUGUACAGCUUUAAAAGUAAGGGUGAGGGAGGAGAUGGUAAUGUAACAAUUCUGGGGUAAGACAAUGGGAUGAAGUACUAUUCCCACCAUCAGCUUCCCACACCUACGUUCCUUUUAGUUCCCACUUGACAUACUGAAGCAGAAAGAUGUACAGUAGUCACAAACAGAGAUCAAAUACCACAAACCAAUUCUUUUUCAUCAGUGUUGUUGUACAAGAAUGGAAUAAGUUUCCACUCUCAGUGGUUCCGUACAACAUGACGGCUUCAUUUAAAAACAAAAUUUAACUGUUACUUCCUGUGCCUUAAUAUUUGUUGAGGCAGAAAUGUAAUAUCUUAGUGGCUGUUAGAUACUGUUUCACUCAAGUAUGUGCAUGGACAGACCACUAAUCAUGUAAAACAUGUUUGGCCCAUAGUGUAUGUGCAGUCUGAGCAUCUAUGUAAAUCUUUGUAAAUCAAAAUGUUGAUUAUAGAUAAAUACUGUCAGUGGCCUAUGCUGGAUCUCUUUUGGAGCCCCCCCCCCCCCCCUCCUCCUGCCUCUUCGUUCACACAUUUUUUUUCUUUUCUUGUGUAUUCACCCCACAAGUUAUAUCCCUGUCCUAAGCAAUGUAAAGUAAAUGACUUGCACUGUAUGAUCUCUUACUCUCUUCAUGAAAAUAAAAUACUGAUAGCU